CGAUUAUCACUCUGUUUAAUUGAAUGCUCCCCAUCGCAUCUUCACUUAUUUAUAACCUCAAUGAUAACAAAUUAUCUUAUAAACAAAUAAUACAGAUAAACAAUGUCAGUCAGUGAUCCGCUCAUUAAGAAUAUUAAAUGGAUUAUAUUGAAACUUAUCCAGGACGUCGAAGAACUCGGCUACAUAUCCGAUACAAAUGUGAAUCUUAUCAGUCUCUGUGAAAACGUAGAGAAGGUGUUCAAUUCUGCACUAUCGUCAGUGUCUACAACAUUCGGAUUCAUCAAGGCGACAGACGCAUGGUCUUGGCUUGAGAAGGCCGCUGUGUGCGGAGACAGUAGCAUUACAUUCGCUUACGUAAACUCGGUGGAGCACACAGCACAUUAUCAACAUAUUCUAACAAGAGUGGGCCGGUUACGUUUACUAAUCCGUAACCUUCUCUCGCGUAAAGCGUUGCACGUCCCUGUAGAAUACCUACUAAAAAACCACAAGUGCGGCAUUUACAAACAAAAUUCAGUGUUAGGUGACGAAAUUCUAACCGAAAUACUUCUUUCGCUCUUUCGCCAGUGUAGCCAGAUUAAUUUUAAACUUGAUCUAUCGAACAUAUCAUUCCUCGAUGUGACUUGGGAGCUACCCGAAAUUGUAAAACUUGAGCUGGUGCCGUGUACACAGCUGGGAAUCAGUAUUAGUUUUGCCAACGAGAAGGCUGUUAUCAUCGACAUACAAUCGAAUAGCGUGAUAGCGGAAAAUGGUAGAAUUGAAGUGGGCGAUUUGUUAGAUAAUUUAAGCGGAGUACACAUCUGCUCUGCCACGAAAGGGAAGCUGAAUGCCAUUUUGAAAAGCUGCAAGGGACAGCCAGUGAAUGUUACAAUUGUUAAGGCGAGAAGUAGUGGUGCCAAUGAGAUAUUUAAGCCAAUUCUGGCCUUAUUGAAACAAGUGCAUAUCGAUCCAGUGGCUUUAAGAAGCAAGAAUUUUAUUCGACCGGAGUUAAAUUGGGAAUCAAAGUCCACAAGCGCUGGAUUUAAGGCGACAUUUUUCGGAUUGGUCCACACAGGUAAACUGGGCGACGUAAAACAGAUCGACAAGGCCGUACGUUUAUUGCUGUCCCCUUACAAGAAGACCGACAGUUCCGAUUCAAAGCACAAAGUGGUGAGGAAGCCUAUAUAUUUUGAGGUUGGCGAAAUUGGCGUGAAAGUUGUCGAUUCGCAAUCUUCCAAUGUGAUUUUAAAACAUUCCUACAUGGAAAUUUCGUCGUGCGGAUCAGUUUCCCAUUUACCGUAUUACUUUGCGUACAUUGCAGGGAACGAGAACUGCAGUAACGCGAACGAGUUUAUCUGCUACGUUUUUCACGUGAAGAAUUUUGAAUUUGCGUAUACCAUUUUGCAAAGUAUAGGACAAGGCUUUCAGCGAACACAUUUUGCAGUAUAACACACAUCUAUCAAGCAAUUCCGAAGAAAUGAUCCAGUUUUAUUUAUAUACCUAUACCUAGACAUACUUACAUAUAUACAAUUCUUUUAAAACUAGCGGGGGGUAC